AUGCCUCGGGGGAGGCGCGGCGGCCGGGUGAGCGCCCUGGAGGGCGGCGGGGAGGAAGAGGCGCCCCCGGCGGCGGCCGCAGCGCCCUCGGCGUUGUGGGCAGCCGGGCAGCAGCCAGAGGCCGCGGCAGAGCAGGUUCUGCUCCGGGGCAUCUUUGAGAUCGGGAGGAACAGCUGCGACGGGGAGCUGCGAGGGGGCCCCCUGCGGGGGCGGCCCAUCCCCAGUGAGUGCCCAGCUGGUGAUUCCAAGUAUGACUUGCUAUGUAAAGAAGAAUUUAUUGAACUCAAGGACAUAUUCUCUGUCAAGCUGAAACGGCGUUAUUUUGCUAAACAGCGAAGAAAUGGUACUUUCUUGGGUAUCACACUCUUCAUUUGUUUAAAAAAAGAACAAAAUAAAUUAAAGGAUUCUACACUCGAUCUUAUUAACUUUAGUGAAGACUACUGCAAGGUAUGGUUUAUACAGUUCAAGAAAACUUUAGAAGGUUUUUCAAACAGACCAAAGUCAUUAAAAAUACUCCUUAACCCCCAAAGCCACAAAAAAGAAGCUACCCAGAUCUAUUAUGAGAAGGUUGAACCACUGUUGAAGAUUGCAGAAAUAAAGACUGAUGUAACAAUAACAGAAUAUGAAGGACAUGCUCUGUCACUGCUGAAGGAAUGUGAACUAGAGGAAUUUGAUGGUGUUGUCUGUGUCGGUGGAGAUGGAUCUGCCAGUGAAGUAGCCCAUGCUUUGCUUCUUAGGGCCCAGAAGAAUGCUGGCCUGAAAACAGACAGCAUCCUGACUCCUGCCCAUGCACAGCUUCCCCUUGGUGUCAUACCAGCAGGCACUACCAACGUAUUGGCACAUUCUCUUCAUGGAAUCUCUCACGUGGUAACUGCAACUUUGCACAUUAUAAUGGGGCACCUACAACCAGUUGAUGUCUGCACCUUCAGCACCACUGGCAAGCUUCUUCGCUUUGGGUUUUCAGCCAUGUUUGGUUUUGGUGGAAGAACUUUGGCUCUGGCGGAAAGACAUCGAUGGAUGUCUCCUAACCAACGGAGGGAUUUUGCUGUAAUUAAGGCACUGGCACAUCUUAAGCCAGAGGACUGUGAAAUAUCAUUUUUACCAUUUAACAGUUCUCCAGAUUUACAACAAAGGGAGGCGCAGAGAUCUCCUAAAUCUGACUGUAAUGAUCAGUGGCAAAUGAUCCAGGGUCAAUUUUUGAAUGUCAGCAUUAUGGCAAUUCCUUGCCUCUGUUCAGUGGCACCUAGAGGCUUAGCACCUAAUACCAGAUUAAAUAAUGGAAGUAUGGCUCUUAUAAUCGCACGAAACACUUCUCGACCAGAAUUUAUAAAACACCUGAAAAGAUACGCUGGUGUUAAAAAUCAGUUCAGUUUUCCAUUCGUUGAGACUUAUACUGUUGAAGAAGUAAAAGUUUACCCAAGGAAUAAAACCAGUGGACACAAUCCAGAAGAUCAACAACACGAAACUGCUUCAGAAAAGAGUUUCCCUUGGAAUGUAGAUGGUGAUUUAAUGGAAGUUGCAUCAGAGGUCCACGUCAAAUUGCACCCUAAACUUAUCAAUCUUUAUGGAGGAAGCAUGGAAGAAAUGAAUGAUUCCAAAGUAACAUGUGAUUGUUUGUAACAGAAAUGUACAAACUAGAAUUUUAAUAUGAAGGUAUAUGGUCAUGCUUUGAGCAGAUAUCUGAACAGGAAAAUUAAGGAAAUUAAAAUUGCUAUUUUUGAUGUUGCUAAAAAUUAGCUUCUA